AUGGAUGAGGUGACUUACUCAGCUCAGAAAGCUAUUGGAUAUGAUAAAGCGCAUCGAUGGGAUGCUGCUAUUUACUUCUACGUUGAUGCUGCAAAUUCAAUCCUGGAACUGAUACAGCAGGAGAAAAUUCCAGCUUCAUAUAAAGAUAAAGCUGAAGAAUACGUGAAACGUGCUGAAGUAAUCAGAUCACAAAUGAAGAAAGUGAAUUCGUCAGGUGCAUCGAGGAUGUCAACCAACAUCAAAAACCAACAACAGCUGAAUAUUGAACGAGCCGAAUUUUUGUUAUAUCAAGCAUUGGAUCAGGAUGAAGAGGGAAAUGUGAGCGAAGCCAUCGCGUUAUAUUCUCUGGCUAUUGAACUUUGCAUCAAUACUUCGAAUACAUCCCGUGAUGCUGCGGUGGCCGGAAAGUUGCGCCAGUUGGCUAAGAAGGCUUUGGAUCGAGCAGAAGUUUUGAAAACUGAAGAGAAGUUGAGGAAAAGUCCUAGCAUAGAAUUACCUGAACCUCCUCUGGAUGAAAUAUCGGAUUUAAAUAUAAGCACGGACUUCGGGCAGUCGACUGCUGACCCCAGUAGUAGUAAGACAACAUUUACAAUUAAACAAAAAACUGGAGAUGAUAACAGUGGUCGUCUUACCAAAUCAGAAUUAGCAGUAUUGGCAGCAACAUCAAACGUUAACGGAAGGCAAUAUGUUCCCUUUUUGGCUGUCGAUCUGAAGGAGCGCUUUGCUUAUCCGGUACCAUUUACUGAUAAUCAUGGUUUGUUGGUUUUAUCUGAUAAACAAGUGAAACGGCUAAAAAAUUGGAUGCGCCCAGACGAGUUCAUGGAAUCCCCGAAAGUAAUUGAUCGAGUCGAUAGUGGCACUAUUAAACAGUCAAUUGUGUCGGAUUGCUCUUUCAUAGCUUCACUAGCCAUAUCAGCUCGAUAUGAGAGCCGUUUCAAGAAGCCAUUGGUGACAAGUAUAAUAUAUCCUCAAAAUAAAUUCGGCGUGCCAUUAUAUAAUCCUUGUGGGAAAUAUAUGAUCAAGAUGCAUUUCAAUGGUGUUUGGAGAAAGAUCGUAAUCGAUGAUCGAUUUCCCAUUGGAGAAUAUGGCGAUUUCCUGUGUUCAUAUAGUCAACACAAGAAUGAAUUAUGGGUUUCGCUAUUGGAAAAAGCUUACAUGAAAGUGAUGGGUGGAUAUGAUUUUCCAGGCUCAAAUUCGAGUAUUGAUAUGCAUGCAUUGACAGGAUGGAUACCCGAAAGAAUAAGUAUUAAUAGGGAUUGGUCCAGUAACGAUGCUGGUACUGUGUUCGAGAAACUUUUUACAAGAUAUCACCAAGGCCAUUGCCUCAUUACACUAGCAACUGGUAAAAUGGAUCAGCUGACGACUAAUCGAACUGGCUUGAUUGACACACAUGCAUAUGCGGUGUUAGAUCUGAGGAAAAUUCAAGACAAACAGCUGUUGAUGCUAAAAAAUCCUUGGACACAUUUACGCUGGAAAGGAAAUUACUCUGAAAAGGAUAAGCUGAACUGGACACCGCAGCUUUGCAAAGCAUUGGAUUACAGUCCUGCGGAUGCACAGCAAUUCGAUGAUGGUGUAUUUUGGAUCGACUUUAAAUCAGUAUGUCAUUUCUUCGAGGUAUUCUACGUGAACUGGGAUCCUUCGAUAUUUCCAUACACUUAUGGAUUACAUGCGGUAUGGCCAGCAGGUUUGGGACCAGUGAAAGAUUUGUAUAGUUUAGCUGACAAUCCUCAAUACACAUUAGAAGUAAAUAGUAAUGGUUCCACUGCAGUAUGGAUUUUACUCACACGCCAUAUAACAGACAAAAAUGAUUUUGCUAACAACAAAGAAUAUAUCACAGUAAUAGUAUACAAAUCAGGAAAGAAAAUUUACAUACCAUCCGAUCCAAAGCCAAUUACGGAUGCAGUACGAUUGAAUAGCCCCCACUACUUAUGUCAGUUGGUUAUCUCUGAAAGUGGUUAUCAAAGAUACACUCUAGUUGUUGCUCAAUAUGAAAAGAUGAAAACAAUAUAUUAUACGUUGAGAGUAUACUCUACAGCUGAAUUCCGUUUGCAAAAAGUGAAAGUUCCUUAUGUUUCAAAGAAAAAGAAAGUUGGCGAAUGGAAAGGGAAAACAGCUGGUGGCUGUGGUAAUGGUCCAAGUCGGGAAACUUAUAUGAAUAACCCAAUAUAUGAAGUGAAUUUGGAUGAUGGCAGCGAUGAUAAUGAUGUACUUAUUGAAUUGAAGGGUCCAAAACAGUACAAUAUCGGUUUUGAAAUUAAACAGGUUUCCUCAUUAAGGAAUAAAUCAUUUGAAAGACGCAGCUCAGGAGCAUUCAGACGAGGAUACACUGUACUUGCUUUGGAAGCAGUGCCGGCAGGUAUUUACAACAUUCAACCAAUGACAUUCCAACAAGGUGAGGAAGGACCUUUUUUCUUGACUGUUGAAGCAUCCUGUUCUUUUACAAUCAAGCAGAUCCAGUAA